AUGUGUAUCUUUAGAAUAUUCUCGUCCGUCCUCUUUCUUUCUGCCGUGGUUCUCUCCAUACCACUCGCUUUCGAUGUAGGAGGAAGAACCUGCGGCCUGGCCUUCUCUCUCUCCCUCUCUGCGUUUUACUUCUUCCUCUCACUCCUCAAACUUACUACCCCAACGAGGUCGAUCAUCCGGAAAACUUGCAUCUUCCUCAUUAGCUCCACCCAAUGGCUAAUCGUUCCCGCGUUGUUAAUAUGGUCUCUUAAUCGGUUUUCCAUCGAUUCGAACGGGUCUGGAAGCUGGGUGGAGCGGGCGUUUACAACCCUCAGAGCAAGGAAUAACUCGGUACGGCAAUGGGUGUUUGGACAAGAUGGCUUGCUGGAGGCUGCUAUCCUUGGCUUCUGGGACAAACUGCUGGUUUGGUCUAUGCCUGUAUUCCAAUUAGCGGAAGGCUUCUGCAGCCUGCUUGUUAUUCAAGCUUCGGGACAAAUUACUAGAUAUCUCGUGAAUAAGAGUGGGAGGAGCGAUAGCUGGAUGAUUGGAUUACUUGUCUUUUCAGCAUCAAUCAUAUCCAGCUCGCUGUACUUUCUCUGGCGUGUCUUUGGGCUCCCUGGAAUCAGCAACGUCGACUCAACUCUGAUAGGAGUAUCUAUCACCUGUGCCGUCUUCCUUUGCGCGUGGGGCAUAGGUAGUGGCCGAGGCAACCCUGUCGAGAGUUCUUUAUUGUUUGCAUACGUCGUGCUCUGUCUAUACCAAAUUUUUACCGAUUAUAAGCCUUCCGGAUCAAGGGAAAAGCCAAACUCUACAGCCCAAUCACUCGAGUUUCCUCCAUUACCGCCUAUCAUUAUGGCAUCCUAUACCACCCUGAUGCAUACCAUUUCGGCUCUGCCUUCGAUUAUCCAUACGUUCUUUAGUGUAGUAACGGCAGCCUUCAGCGCGAUAACUCCAUCUGUGCUGAUCUCGCUCAUCUACCGUCUUUUCGUCCUCUAUGCAUCAACCCGUAUUAUCCCUGCUGUACGAGAGUCGGGUGCUCGCGCAUUGUCUCAGGAAGCAUCUCUGGAAGACGCGGAUGGUGCAGGCAAGUUUCUCGGGCUCCUCAGCUGGUUUUCACCUUCAAUCCUUAUCGCGGUAUAUACCAGCCUGCUUAUACAGCACUUUACAUCGUUGUCGCAAAUGGCAGACGAGGAUUUAGAGUGGUGGAAGAUACAACCCUUGGGGAGCGGGAAUACGUGGAGAUGGGUAAAUUUAGCAUGCACAAUGGCACUUUAUGUAGUUGAGUUAUGGCUUGGAAGGCAGAAUGAUAUUGAUGGGGGAUUAACACACCACUGGAAAAAUGAUUAA